AUGCUGCCUGUCAAAAUAGAAAAUGAAACUCUGGUAAAGGAUGCAGAAAUUCUGAACAGUGUGCCACUUCAGCCCUUACAUACUCUUUGUACAAGAUACUCUGAUUCAGGCAUUAUAGAUUAUAGAAAGCCCAGAUGUUACUUGGAAGAUGGAGCUUCAAAAGGUGCCUGGCUGAACCGAUCAAGUAUUAUUUUUGCAGGAGGAGACAAGUGGUCAGUAGAUCCUCGAGUUUCAAUUGCCACAGCAAAUAAAAGGGAAUACAGUCUCCAGAUACAGAAUGUGGAUGUGUCAGAUGAUGGUCUAUAUACUUGUUCAGUGCAGACCCAACACACGCCCAGAACCAUGCAGGUGUACUUAACUGUAAAAGUUUCUGCAAAGAUAAGUCAUAUCUCAAAUGAUAUUGUGGCAAACGAAGGAAGCAACAUCACACUGGCUUGCUUGGCUACAGGGAAACCUGAUCCUUCCAUCUCUUGGAGACAUAUCUCUCCAUCAGCCAAACCAUUUGAAAGUGGACAGUAUUUAGACAUCUAUGGAAUUACAAGAGACCAAGCCGGGGAGUACGAAUGUAUGGCCGAAAAUGAUGUCUCAGUUCCAGAUGUGAAAAAUGUAAAAGUCACAGUAAACUUUGCCCCAACAAUUCAGGAAAUAAAAUCCAGUGGAGUGACUCUUGGAGGUACCGGAUUCAUAAGAUGUGAAAGUGCGGGUGUUCCUUCCCCAGCUUUUGAAUGGUACAAAGGAGAAAGAAAAUUGGUCAAUGGGCAACAAGGAAUUACUAUAUAUAGUUAUAGUUCAAGAUCAUUUUUAAAUUUCAACAAUGUGACAGAGGAGCAUUUUGGCAACUAUACAUGUGUCGCUGCCAACAAAUUAGGCACAACCAAUGCCAGCCUGCUUCUUAACCAAAUUAUUGAGCCUACUACUACUAGUCGUGUCUCAAGCUCAGAUGCUGGAUUGACCAACCCACUUUAGUGGCAUUGUCUUCGCUUGUGGAAUUCCCAUCCUAAGGACAUUCUUCUGGCAUAAUUGUUAUUGCUAUUGACCUGCAGAACUGAUAUGACUUAUUUAC